ACCAGUUUCGGAAGGGGGCGGUUUGCACGCGCACACGGCAAGGUCCGUGCUGUGGGGUUGACCGAGGGGGUGGUGCAGUGGAUGUCAUGGUGGAGCUGCUUUCUCUGUAUACCUUUUUGCCUUCGCAUGCGCCUCUCGUGGCUUUCGGUGUUGGUCAGGGCCAGUGGGCCAUGUGGACUAAGUGUCAAGCUACUGUGGCUCUUCGCCAAGUGGUUGCGUUGGCGGGUUUGCAGCCCGAGGAGUACGCGCUGCACUCCCUGAGAAUUGGGGGCGCAACUUUCUUGGCGGCGGGGGGGGCUUCGCCGGAGGUUCUCCGAAGAGAAGGGCGUUGGUCGGGGGAGAGUAGUCACCAGUGUUACGUUCGGAAUGUUGGGGGUGACGCUUCGUGGGUGUCAGAGGUGUUGGCGAACAAGGAGAAGGUGACUACACAGCCAGGGCAAGGUACCCGAUGGGGUGACGUGUGAAGGGGUUCCGUGGCACGUUGUGUAUGUCGAGAUCCUUGUUGUACCGAUGGUAUUUUGCUGUACAUAUUGUAUGCCGCAUAUAUUGGACGUUGUACAUAUCGUAUGUUUUGCACAUAUUGUAUGUGGUAUAUGUUGUGCAUGGUUUGCCAAAAUAAAAGGGGGGCGGGGGGGGGAUCAGUAUGGCGCACCAGCCUUAGGUUUGGGGGCAGACAGAGUUUACAUGUCUCUGUCUGUUGGGUGGCUGAUGUUUAUACUGAUCGUAAGGAGUAGACCGGGGGCGUGUGUGGUGUUGCCCUGCCUGGUCUCCGCUCUUUUCCCCUCCCCCUUGGCGAGCAAAGGGGGUACGCAAAAUAAUAAUGACAAAUUUCGAAAGCAUCGAGAAACGCGAAAGAUUGUCUGACGAAGUAAAGGAAAUCUGCGUUUUGUGAGAAGCGGCAGAAAUAAACCUUGGCCAAUCAGAAAGCAGGAAGCGGACGAGCGUGUUGGUGUUCUGUUUUCAGUCUACUCGCUUCGCCGUGUUUACCGGGGGCGAGCGAGAGCACGUGUGCGUGUGGUGGCCAAGGGUUGUUUUCUGCUGUGACGUUUCUUUUUCCCACCCACCCACCCUUACUUUUGGGGGUGUCAGUGGACACGGAAAUAGGAGCAGCGGCGUUGUGUCCAGUGUGAGUGUCCGUCGGGGGGGACUCACUGUGUAGCCGCAGUCGGGGUUGCGUGUGCCUAUGCUGGGCGCAGUUCCGAGGUGCUCGUCCCAUUUAUUUUGAGUGGGAUUGGUGUACAUCGCACUUCAGGUGGUAUAGUAUAUGCAGGACGCAUGUUGUUGGGUGUAUCGGACCGUUGCAUGGUUGGGGGAGUGCACUCCUGGCUGCUGUGUGUGGCUAUGUUGGUGCUACGCGCUUCCCCGUUACGUGCGUGACGAGUCUGAUUGAUUGGUGGAUACGCAUAGAUAUAAUAUGGCUUAUAUGUGGGUGUCCUGGUGUCCGGGUACAUGCGUGUUUUUCUGCAGUGCGAUGGGAAGGUCAGGGGAACAGAG